CUGACGGGCCCGUAUUAAACGGCGGUUCUUAGAUGUGUUAAAAUGCAGUAGAAGUUAACAGUGUUUUGUUUUUGUUUUUAUUUGUUGUUACCGAAGCAAAAUUUAUACGCUUAAAUAUUCUAAAAUAAUUAGUUUUUUAAUAUGUUGACUAAGAGGGCGCGUUGAUUAAACGAAACUGGUAAAUCGAUUGACGGUAAAUUAGAUUAGAGUCGUAACAAAUAUUGCAAUUUUUUACGCUAACCCGUUCUAUAGCAUUUCGAAGCCUUAAAUCUUAAAAGAACUUAUUAUAUAUUAACACACAGUGCUCAAUGAAACAUGCAAAGUGCUGAUGCUCAUGGUUCAAAGUGGCCAAUUGUCUACUCAAAAUGCUACAAUGUGUCGUUUUUGGGCCUGGAAAAGCUGCACCCCUUCGACGCGAGGAAGUGGGGAAAUAUCUUCAAAUUUCUCAAAGAACUUCUGAACAUUAACGAAGGCAAAAUUUUUGCUCCCCAUGAAGCCACUCGUGAGGACUUGCUUUUCGUACACACGAAAAGAUACUUAAAUAGUCUCAAGUGGGGUUGGAAUGUUGCUGCAAUAGCUGAAAUACCCUGUUUAGCAUUGCUUCCAAACAUUUUAACACAAAAGUGCUAUCUGCGUCCUAUGAGGUAUCAAACAAAUGGAAGCGUUUUAGCAGGGCAAUUAGCUCUGUCACAUGGCUGGGCUGUAAACAUAGGAGGUGGUUUUCAUCACUGUAGCAAAGAUAGAGGUGGCGGCUUUUGCCCAUAUGCCGACAUUACCUUGUUAAUUGAAAACGUAUUCAAAAAUAACAGUAAUCGUGCCAAAAAAGCUAUGAUCAUUGAUCUAGACGCUCAUCAGGGAAAUGGAUACGCUAGAGAUUUUACGGGAAAUUCAAAUGUUUUUAUAAUGGAUGUUUAUAAUUCCGGUAUUUACCCAAACGAUGAAGAAGCAAAACGAGCAAUAACGUGCAAAGUGGAGUUACAUUUUUACACAGCCGAUAGAGAAUAUUUAGAUUUAGUUGAAAGUAACCUUGAUAGCUCGUUAAAACGCUUUCAUCCUGAUAUUAUUGUUUACAAUGCUGGAACGGAUAUUCUUAAAGGAGAUCCAUUAGGAAGACUGUCAAUAACGCCAGCUGGCAUAAUUAAACGUGAUGAACUAGUUUUUUCCAAAGCAAUAAAUAAAGGAGUGCCAAUUGUUAUGCUUACAAGUGGAGGAUACUGUAGAGAGACUGCCAAAAUUAUAGCUGAUUCUAUAAAAAAUUUACACCAACUUGGACUAAUAAAUGUGAUUGAUUGAAACAACA